AUGCAAGACGACGCUGGCGGGCUCGAAGCAAUGUCCAAAGACGAGUGGUUCUCUAUUCCGCCCAUCAAGGAUACCUUCGUCGUCAACUUUGGAAAUCUUCUCGAGCACCUUACGUACGGAGUCAUUCCUGCAACGUUUCAUCAAACUCUAACAUGGCUUUCUAUUUACCUCUUGAAAGAUACUAAAAUGGAUGAAAAACUGACGAGGCUCGAAGAAUUCAAAUGGAACGCUCAUGAACUAUCAGAAAUCAAGCGAAAAAAGGAAGAGAAGGGGAAGAUCUUCGACGCAAGCGAGGAUGAAACUUUCAGGGAAUUCUUUGAUAGAGUCGGUUUACGGCCUAAAUUUUCGGAGGAUGAUGGAAAAAUGUUCUAUCAUGUCUGGGUGAUGAUUGAACGAGACGGACCCUACGACGACUAG